GGACUCGUUUAGCGAGCGGACUGUUUACCUUCCGCUGCUGACAGGAGGAAUGCUCAUCUUUCUGUCAUCAUGUACUCUCACGGCUCAGAGAGUUUAAUUAAACAAGCAAGGGAGAUCCAGGACUCUGAGCUGCAGAAGUUCUACAGCCGGCUGGUGAAGCUGCUCCAGGGGAAGGAGCUGGGUUACGAGACGGUGGACUCGCUGCAGAGGCUGCACCUCAUCCUCUCCGCCAACAAGUACAUCCGGACGUUGCCUCCAGAGCUUCAGAAGAGGCUUCAGUCGCUCCUCUCCUCCCCUGCCGAGCAGUUUCAGGUGCUGAGCUCAGCGGUGCUCAGAGAGACGCUGCCACCUGCUGCUCACUCGGGGAACUACAGCCAGGAGAACAUCGUCCAGCUGAACAGCCAUGCUGCCGCCCUGCUGCUCUCACAGGCAGGAUCUAGGGCAGACGUGUCGUCUCUCUGCAGUCAGCUCCUUCGGGGUCUGGAGAGCCGUCAAUCAGAGGGGCCGACCAACUCGCUCACACACACUCUGCCCAUCCUCAACACCAUCCUCACACACAACCUCGAGUGCCUCACUGAAGAUCACGUGACCCUCCUGAGUAAAAAGCUUGUUGAUUGGCUGCGUUAUGCGAGCAUCCUUCAGGGAGGCGGGGCUUCCUCUGGAGGAUUCUUCACAGGGCCGAGGUCACGUCAGCCGGUGCCGAUAGCGGAGCUGGAUGGCACGGUGUCGGGGGACUUCUUCACGGUGCUGUGUGUGGGGCAGAGCUUCACGGAGGACCAGUGGAUGAACGUCUUCUCCUUCUCCGCGCUGCGCCACUGGCUGCUCACCUACCACUCGGUUUCUAACGGCAACGGCACAGCGGACACUGCUCACAGGCUGCAGCUCAGCCUCUCCCUCUCCCACUCCCACUCCUUCUCUAAUGAUGACCGUUCGGAGGUGGAUGGAUCGGUGGUUUCCAUGGUUUCUGUGACUUCCUCCUCCAGCCGCCUGCUGCCUCCGAAGGAGCGUCUGAGAGAGAAAUCCUUCCAGUACUGCCAGCGCCUCAUCGAGCAGAGCGACCGCAAGGCGCACAAAAAGUCAGAUGCAGACCUGCAGAAAGCGUGCCUGGUGGAGGCGGUGUGUAUCCUGGACUGUGUGUGUGAGGAAGACGCCUCGCUGGUCUUCCGGGCGUUUCCGUGCAUCAAGGCGCUCUUCGGUCGGCUGAGCUCAGAUCUGUCGUUCGCUCGGGUGCUGCUGCCCAUCGCCCAGUUCUACCUCAACCACGGCGAGAUGGCUGCAGUGGAUUGUGGGUCGGUGUGGGCGCUGGUGUUCGCUCGUUUUCCCGCCGAACUCUUCAACGACCCGUUCCUCGCUCACGAGCUCCUGCGCUUCCUCCGACUGAACCUCGAGAGUCUGCAGCUCCGAGUGCCGCAGUACACGCACUCCUUCCCUAACCUGCUGAAGUUCUUGGCGUGGGACAGCCCGGCGGUGGUGGAUGAUUUUGUGGACCUGCUGCCCUCUCUGGUGACGGCUGGUACUGCAGUGGAGCUGCUGCACACUCUGCUGGACCUGCCCUGUCUGUCCGCCACGCUGGUGCUGCAAGUCAGGUCAACUUGUUUGCCCAUCUCUGAGCAGAGUGGCCGUGGCCUCCUGUCACUCGAUGCCUUUCGAAGCCCGUCUUUCAGAGGGCUUUUCCUCUUCCUGCUGAGAGGGGAAGCGGGCUCAGGAGACACAAUCGACCGACUGAGCACGCUCCAUGAGCUGCUGGUGGAGACUGCUGAUUGGCCGAGAGUUGUUCAGUGUGCCCAGACUGUCCCUGUGCUGUUGCACAUUUUUUUCAACACUGUUAUUACGGUAGCAGAUGAGAAGCUCUUAGCUCACCUGAUCCUGGUGAUGCUGGAGAGAAGCAGCCUCCUCCUCAACAUCCCCAAAUACAACAAAGAGAUACACAGGGUGUUCAGCUCCCACCUGCUGAGGCUGUGUAAGCUGCACCCCUCUCUGGUCAUGGAUCAGUCCCACGAGCUGCUGGAGUUCUCUGGAGCCACGGCCAACGUCUACAGCAAGGAGGAACUCUACACUCAUGUGGUGUGGGUGCUGGGAGAAUACCUCUCGGUGUCAUGUGACUCCCGCUGCUCCGUGACGCUCAUCACUUCCUGUUUCGAGGCGUUGGAGGCGGUGCUGUUUGAGAUCACGUCCUCCGCCCCCCCGCCCGGCACAGACUGCCCCGCCCCCAGAGUCGUCACCACUCUGAUGAGCGCUCUGGCCAAGCUGGCGUCACGAUCACAUGACCUCAUACCCAGGGUGUCUCUGUUCCUCUCCAAGCUGAGAACGGUCACCAGAGGCGGGUCGGUCGCCUGGUGCUCCGAUGAAGAAGACCUUGUUGCCAUAGUAACGCGAGGCGAGGAGUUGUGGUCGCUGCUAAAAGCCCCCGGUGUGGCUCAGAGCGUCCUGACCCCCCCUGCACACGUCACCACCCCCCAGUGGCACAGAGACACCAACGUGGCCUUACCCCUCCGACUGAGGACCCUCACAAACCUCACACACUCACAUUAAUAUCACACACACACACGACCACACACACACACACACACACCCCUCAUGAAAUAUGCAUCCUAAUAAAUCUUGUUUGAUUCUUUUGCACAUUGUUUUUGUAAAUAAAUUAGAUUAUUUGAUUGAA